AUGGCCGCCGCCGCGGCCUCGGCGCCGCACUCGCCGAGCGACGAGAAGCCCGCCUUCGAGCUCAACCUCCAGCACGGCCACAAGGACCUCGUCCAGGCCGUCGCCUUCAACACCUACGGCGACCGCUGCGCCACCGGCUCCGUCGACGGCCGCAUCCGCGUCUUCAACCGCCACCGCGACGGCACCUGGAGGCUGUGCGACACGUGGAGCGCGCACGGCGGUGAAGUCCUCGAGCUGCAAUGGCUCCCCGCCACCAUCUACCCCAACCUCAUCGCCUCGCUCGGCAUCGAGGGCUGGUUCCGCCUCUGGGCCGAGGACCCCUCCGCCGCGCCAGGCCGCCGCUUCUGCUCCGGCCGCUCCGUCUCCGGGCGCCCGGCCUUCGACACGCGCUCCAGCCGGGCGCCCUACCGCUCCUUCUCCAUGAAGCACAACGAGGAGACGCGCCACACCUACCUCGCCCUCGUCGCCACCGACGGCCGCCUCACCGUCUACGAGAACGACGCCCCCGAGAACCUCUCCGAGUACACCUCCAUCGACGCCUUCACCGUCUGCCCCCGCCCCAGCCGCGGCGAGGAGGUCUCCUUCCGCGUCCGGUUCGACCCCAACCCGGAGCCCUGCUACGCCGCCCUGCGCGCCGGCGUGCCCACCGACGCGCUGGGCCUCGUCGUCGCGGGCAUGGACGCCGUCAAGGUGUACCGCUCGCGCGACGUCGUGUCAGCGUCGUAUGGCGUCUCGUCCACGCAAAAGGAGUUUUACCUCGCCGCGGAAAUCACCGGCCAUAGAGGGCUCGUCCGCGACUUGGCGUGGGCGCCCGGCAACAUACGAGGCUACGACAUGAUUGCGACGGCGUGCCAGGACGGGUACGCGCGCGUCUUCCGCCUCGACACGCCGCACUCGGACACCGACGGCAAGUCCUGGUCCGCGGCCGACAUCCUCAAACCCGUCGGGCCCCAAACCGUCAGGGACUCGACGCCGAAAGACGACGGAGACAAGUCACAACAGCAGCAGCAGCAGCAGCAGUCGCAAUCACAACAACAGCAACAGCAAUCAUCACAACAGCAGCAGCAGUCCCAGCAGCAACAGCAACAACAGCAACAACACAACCACCCCUCCACCCUGAGCGCCAGCCUCGCCAAGUCGGGCCACCAGGGCGACCGGCACUGGUCCGGCCAGCCGGGCCAGGUCAAGCACACGGUGCGCGAGCUGUCGCGCCUCGACAGCCACCGCACGCCCGUGUGGAGGGUCGGCUUCGACGACGACGGGCAGAUCCUCGGCAGCACGGGCGACGACGGGCGCCUGCUGUGCUACCGCCAGACGCCCGACGGGGCCUGGGCCAAGAGCUCCGAGCUCAUCAUGAUGAAGGCCCGCAUGUUUGCGCCGUGA